GUAAAAACUGAGCGAGGUGAGCAAGUAGGGAGAAAUUUGUUCAUUGACGCACUCCGUUGUCGAACAAUAAGGGCUAAGUUGCGAAAGCAGUUUUCCCCCAUCACCCAUACGCUACAACAAAUUAUGGCUGCUGCGGAAGAAAUGGAAUGGAAGUUCAAGGCGAACUUCCUGGAAGGAGAAGAUUACCCUAGAGACGGAGAUUCGAUCGAGCUCGCUCGAGCAAGAGCAGAGCUGGCUGCUUUACAGAACAAAUUCGAAAACAUGGGGGUUGUAUCAGGACCUGUCACCUAUAUGGAACAGAUAGGCCCCAAACGAGUAAUCCUAAGUGAGACUCCGAGCAUCUCUGCUCCUAUGAUGCCCCCGCCCGUAAGGGCAUUACCCCCGCCGCCGGUAGAGGCUCCUGUACGAUCAAACGAAUCGGCGGCCAUUUUCGAACUAACCAAAACUUUGAUUAGUUUGAUCCAAGAAAGCAAAAAAGAGCAGCGAGAGCACAAUGCUCGAUUGGAAGCCAUGAUGAGGAACAUGCGACCUAUUGCGGUGCGUGCCCCUCCGAUGCAACAAGGAUUAGCCCCCGCCCCUGCUCUCGGAGGAGCUGCGAACAAUUUGAAUGUUUGCUACGCCUGUCAUCAGCCCGGACAUCUAGCCCAUGAUUGCCCCCACCGACCCCCACAACAGCGGAUCGGAGUCGCACCUAUGGCUGCGGCCCCCUUUGCCAACGGACCUGGACGAGUUGGAGCCUUGAUGAAAGAAGUAGAGGGUGGGGGAAGUGCCUUGGCCACCACGGAAGAGGCCGCCGAGCUAAUUCCGCUAGAUCAGUAUGUGUCGCUGGGAUAUCCUGGGCUAGGAAUGAUCGGAACAAUCAGACCAGUGCCAGAACCGAAAGAGGUGGCGGAGUGGCGACCGUCCUUAGGAGAAAUGGAGUCGGGAGGACCCACCUUCGUCACAGGAGAGAUCGAUUGGGUUCGGUGUCCGAUGGGGAUUUGCAAUGCGCCUGCCACGUUUCAGCGAGCGAUGAACAUGACGUUCCAGAAUUUUGUCAACAAGACACGGCUGACGCAAGGGAUGAUCAACUUCUGUGUGAUCGUAUACAUGGACGACAUCCUGGUCUAUUCGGAGACCUAUCACGGGCACGUGCAACACAUCGAAUGGACAUUGGGUGCACUGAGAGACGCUGGGUUUAAGAUUGCGCUUGAGAAGAACGAAUUUUUCCUCUCAGAAAUUUCGUUCUUGGGCUAUGUCGUGACACGUGGAGGAUUGCGGCCAGACUCGAGAAAAGUUGCGGCGGUGAAGGAAGCCCCGAUUCCCACGUCACUGACGCAGGUUCGAGCCUUUUUGGGGCUGGCGUCGUACUACCGGCGCUUCAUCAAGGGCUUUGCCGCGAUUGCACGACCACUAACGAACAUGUUACGGAAGGACCAACCUCUCAGUUGGGACGCGGAGUGCCAGCAGACCUUUGCAACCCUCAAAGACGCUCUGGCAACGACCCCUAUUUUGAUUCGGCCGGACCCCUUGAAGCAGUCCAUUCUCAUCACGGACUGGCAACCGGAAGCUAUUUCCUCUAUUCUAGCGCAGAAGGGGAACGAUGGUCGCAAACACGUCAUCGAGUACGCGUCUCGAACCGUACCGGAUGAACGAAGAAACGACUCAGCACCUCAAGGUGAAUGCUAUGCAGUGGUCUGGGGAAUCCAGCACUUUCAUCCGUAUCUCUACGGACAGAAGUUUCGCCUCGUGACGGAUCACGAGCCUCUGCUAGCUUUGAAGAAGCUCACCAACUACACGGGCAUGAUUGGCUGUUGGGCGGUGCGACUACAAGAAUACGACUUCGAUAUCGUCCAUCGAAAGACGGAGCGACACGGCAACGCGGACGGGCUGACACGUCCGCAUCGACCUGCCAAGGUACCAAAGGGCGAGGAAAUUACACCGUGGAAAGAGCCGGACCUGACUAACGAGCCGAAGUACGGACAAGUGGCUGUUCUCCCAUGUGGCAAGAAGCAAAACGGUGGCGAUGGAAUUCGUCGAGCUCUCGUUUUGCCUGCUACGAGUGGAUCUGAACUGGACGUGGGAAGGCGAUCAGAGGCCCUCGUCGGAGAUUGUGGAGUUGCUCGUCAUUCAGGCGUGGAGGACCAACGUCGCGGGAGAUCUUCUGGGAUUCGUCUUUGGAGCAGUGGAUCGGGGAAACCGAUCACAGAUCGUGCGCGAACUUACGAUCGUGAUCGCGCGAUUGGCCGACAAACUCCCUCUCGACAUCGUCUCUUAGAGCGACGAAGAACCCGUACCACACACCCUCUCAAGAAUCUCGCCCCGAGCCUCCAGUGGUCGGCUUGUAUCGAGGAGCGCUGGGCGAACGACCGUUUUCCUUCCCGUAGCGAGUACCUGGACGUCCACAGCCUGACUAAUCCCCGCUUCUUUCGACAACCAACGACGUUCGAGUGGGUGGCGCUGAGAGCAAAAGAGGAGGCCGAAGAGGAAUCGGAAGGAGAAUUGAGAAGAGAGUACGGGGAAGCAGCGGCCCGAUUGGCCGAGGAUGAGGAAGAAGAGCGCGAAGCAGAAGAAAAGUCGGCGGAAGCUGAAGAAGAAGAAGAAGAAGCAGAGGAGGAGACUUCGGAGGAAGAGGAAGAGGCCUAUAGCGAGUACAGUAAGGGCGAGCAAAGUGAGAAGGCGGACGAAGACGAUAAAAAAGUGGAAAGCGGGGACGACCAUGAACCAACACACGACGAGCUCGAGUGGGUACCAGGACCGGAUCGGCGAGAGGAGAACCCGGAGGCUGCUGCGCAGCGCAAGAAAGAGAUCGCGGAAGGAAAGCGGCUGGCGAUCGAUCCCGCACCGAACAAUCCUUUCAAGGAUCCCAAGCCGCCCAAGCCGGAACAUGGAGACCUUGCUGCCACGACCUCGGGAGUUGCGAUGACAAGGCGCCGAUCCCGAUCCCGAUCCACGUCCCCCUCCACCUCCGCCCGUCCCCCAAUUCGUCAACAUGUCAAUGAGGGGCUUAGCCCUUCGUCCCCGAUCCAUAUACCACCAUCCCCUUAGCUAUCUCUCUUUCAAUCAGUAUUUCCAUCGCGUCGUCUACCCCCGUA